CCUGAGGGAGAGUAGUUGCCUAGCAACGGGGCGGUGGCCGGGCGGGUACCUGGCCUAAAGCGCGGAGGAAGCUGCGAGGCCGCAGCCCACCGACCCCGGGCUCCGGAGAGGUGCAGCUCCCGGCCCCCAAGCCCUCCCGGGGGCGCCAGGAAGCCGCCUGUCCCCAGGAAAACGUGGUCUCAGCUGUGGGGGGUCUCGAGCUGGCCUCGACCCCUCUCUCUGACACGAGAAGAGUCCCGGCGCCUCACCCUCGCCCGGUCUUUGUGUAGGGCGCCGGCGGCCAUUGUGUCCGUGCGGGGAAUGGAGGACCCGGCAAUCCCGCACCGCCACCGCCAAGUCCAGGGCCUUUGGGGAAUUCAGAGAAAACCAGCGGCGUUUCUGGGGGGUCCCCGGCUUUCAGCCUCCCAGAAAGGCCCGGGGAUGGCCUUUCCAAAGUCAGAGCGCAGAUCCGAGGCAGUUUUUCCCUCUCUCCGCCCCUCAUCGAAACCUUGAGCCCCAUUGAGAAGUCCCUUCAGGGUUUCUUCGGAAACCUCACCUUGGGCUGGUACUUAAAUAGAAAAAAACAAAAACUAAACCUCACACCAGCCAUCUCCGAGAGAGUUCUCCUGGCUCCCAGUAGGAGGCGGAGAGCCAAGGGGCGUGCAAGAGCGAGGGGGCUGGGCUCCCGGGUGGCAGGAGGCCGCGGCUGCUGAGCGGCCGCCCUCGAUCUGGGCGAUGGAGGAGGAAGCAAGCGAGGGGGCCGGUUCUUGAGCUUCGUAAUUCCUGUGUCGCCUUCUGAGCUCUCAGUCCGCCGGGUCGCAUGAUCCCUCCAGCCGGAGCUGCUUUUUUUGCCAGCCGCCGCGAGGCCGGUUGAGUUACCGGCAUCCCGGCUGCCACCUCCUAGCCCGACCUAUGAUACAAAAGAUUUUCCGGGGGCUGCACCUGCCUGCCGUUGCCCGAGACAUUUGAAUCUCUUUCUCUCCCUUCAGAACCUUAUCUUGGCUUUGGAUCUCAGAAGAGAACCACUAAGCAGAGACCAGACUCAGUGAGUGAGCAGGUGUUUUGGACAAUGGACUGGUGGAGCCCAUCCCUAUUAUAAAAAUGUCUCAGAGCAAUCGGGAGCUGGUGGUUGACUUUCUCUCCUACAAGCUUUCCCAGAAAGGAUACAGCUGGAGUCAGUUUAGCGAUGUGGACGAGAACAGAACUGAGGCCCCAGAAGGGACUGAAUCAGACAUGGAAACCCCCAGUGCCAUCAAUGGCAACCCAUCCUGGCACCUGGCAGACAGCCCUGCGGUGAAUGUAGCCACUGGCCACAGCAGCAGCUUGGAUGCCCGGGAGGUGAUCCCCAUGGCAGCGGUGAAGCAAGCGCUGAGGGAGGCAGGCGAUGAGUUUGAACUGAGGUACCGGCGGGCAUUCAGCGACCUGACAUCCCAGCUCCACAUCACCCCAGGGACGGCAUAUCAGAGCUUUGAGCAGGUAGUGAACGAACUCUUCCGGGAUGGGGUGAACUGGGGUCGCAUUGUGGCCUUUUUCUCCUUCGGUGGGGCACUGUGCGUGGAAAGCGUAGACAAGGAGAUGCAGGUAUUGGUGAGUCGGAUUGCAGCUUGGAUGGCCACUUACCUGAAUGACCACCUAGAGCCUUGGAUCCAGGAGAACGGCGGCUGGGACACUUUCGUGGAACUCUAUGGGAACAAUGCAGCAGCCGAGAGCCGGAAGGGCCAGGAGCGCUUCAACCGCUGGUUCCUGACGGGCAUGACUGUGGCUGGCGUGCUUCUGCUGGGCUCGCUCUUCAGUCGGAAAUGACCAGACACUGACCACCCACUCACCCGCCCACCGCCAUCCUGCCCUCACCACAGCCCUCCGUCCAGCCACCGUCGCCACCUGGAGAACCACUCACUACAUGCAGUGCACGGCCACCCACACAUCACAGGGUUGGGCCUAGACCUGGUCCCCUCAUUUAGUUUUCUAGAAUUUACCAUGCUUCUGUGAAAGCCGCCUUCCCCGACACCUCAGUUCUCCCGGCCUCAAAACCCACAAAAUUUCCCCAGAUUCUGUCCCGUGGAAGCUGACAGGUUUGGGGGGAUUGUGACUGGGGGCUGCAGUGCCCUGCCUGAUUGGUGGAACCCCUUGCCCCCUUAGCCUCACUGAGGAUGCUUUCCUGCCAGGGAGCUGGAAAAUUUUCUGACCCUUUUCCCCAGAAAGAGAGACUAGAUUGCCUUCAUUUUGAUGUUUGUGGCCUCGGAAUUGAUCAUUUCCUGUCUCUCCCUCCUCCCGGACCUGGGCUCCCCUUCCAUUUAUCCCCACCCUCCAAGAGCCGCUUAGGGGCCACUUCUGACUAAUUAGGGAUUCAGGCUGCUUGGGAUACAGAAACAAGGACCAGGACCCCCUCCCCACCUCUGGCCUGGCCAAAGUCCCUACCCUCAAUCCCAGUGUCCUAGAGGCCUCUGGCUAGAGGCCAGCCCCACCUGGGAUGGGGGAGCUGUAGCUGCAGGAGGCACCCCAUGCCCAAGCUUGGGUGGCCCUUGCAGUUGAGCACCACCCCAGUUCCCUUCCCCUUCCCCGGCUCCCAUGACCACGACUGAGGGACCGACUGGGCCCAAGAUAGGUGCCCCAGAGCUGUUUAUGGCCUCAGCUGCCUCGCUUCCUGCAAGGAGAUCGUCCUGUGGCACCUUUGCCUUGGGCUGCUGCCCAUGGGGUUCAGGGGCCUCUGCCCAGAGGUGAGGGGGAGCCACGGGGGACAGCUGUGGGAGCCCUGGGGUCUUCCCUACCUCAGGCAGGAAGGGCAGGAAAGAGAGCCUUGUGCGUGGGGUGGAGGUAGGGCUGGCUGGAGGGGCCAGUCCUGUCUGGCCUGAUCGAUUUGUGCCCCACCCCCAUUCAGCCUGGGCAGCCGGGCUGCCAAGGUCAGGGUGGCCUGGCCAGGAGCUCUUCAGGCCUCCCUCUCUCCUCUGCUCCACCCAUGGCCUGUCUCAUCCCUGGGGAUCCUGGCCUAGCCCUGGCCACCCCGGGCUCUCUGCUGUACAUAUUUGAGACUAAUUUUUAUUCCUUGUGAAGAUGAUAUACUAUUUUUGUUAAGCGUGUCUGUAUUUAUGUGUGAGGAGCUGCUGGCUUGCUGUGCGUGUGCACGUGGAGAGCUGGUGCCCAGAGAUUGAACGGCCUGAUGCUCCCUCCCCUGCCGUGGUCCGGGGAAGCCAGCCGGGGGUCCUGGCUCCUGAGGGGCACCUGUCCCUCCCCCAACCCCCACCCCACACUUGUUCCAGCUCUUUGAAAUUGUGUGAAAGUGAAAUUCAGUAAUAAACUGUGUUGACUUGGUGAGCAAA